AGAACUCGAUCUUUCAUUUGAAUCGAUCAAACCGAGAAAUGGCUCUGUUUUCCACGGACGAUCCCGACUUGCAACUCGCUAUUCAAGAGAACAGAUCCACAAUACAAAGGCAAUAAAGAAACAUUCUCCGUCUCAUUUCCAAAUUCUGUCUAAUAUUCAUUUAAUUACCAGGUACGAAGAGAGAGUCGCGAGAAUACAGUCUAUUUUACGCGACAGACAAAAUUCUUUGGAUUCUAAUUCACACUAUAAUGAAUCAACAACUACCACUACAAUUAAUAAUGAUUUAUUGCCGACAUCGAGUUCAAUGCCAUUUCCGUUCACAGAUAAUGAUGUAAGGGAUAAUUUACUAGAAGUCGACUGUGACAAUGGAACUACAAUGUCAUCAACAGCAACGUCAAUUCCUUCUACUAUUGCCACUAUUGAUACUUCGUCGAGUCGACAAGCAAUACUGGAUCUAAGGGAAUCAGAGGGAAAUUCGGUUCAUCCCGUGAAUAACAUACCAGGAAAUUCAGCUCAUUCUGUGAAUAACAACAUAUCGGGAAAUUCGAUUCAAAUCAAUGGUAUCACCAAUUCAAAUUCUUCUUAUCCUUUUACCAGGACAAAUGGUACUUUAGAUUCUUUACAAAGAUCAACUUCUUUUACUG